GUUGUUGUCCGAUUCUUUAGUUGUCUGUUUAUCUGUUGCAAGUGAACUGUGACACAAGAAUAGAUGAAAUCAAAUUUUGUAACUGCAUAAAAUAUUAUAAUAAUAAAUGAGUAUUCAACAAAUAGAAGGAUUACUAUUAUCAAUGUACGAAUAAGGUGUUAUCAAAUGAGACAGUUCGCGAGAUGCGUUGAGGUAUAAAACACCUUAAUUACAGUUAUAUAAACUAUUUUUCUACUGAAUGCGGUAUUGAAAAGUUAAGAAGUCGAUACAAGAUGGCGCCUACUAAAUCCAACAGCCCCAUUUCCAUGAUCGAUCCGUCCCAGCUCCUGCGUCCAGAGCCAGUGUUCAGCGAUAAACCAAUAGAUGCGUUCCGUGACUACACAAUCGAUGAUUCAGACCCGAUCAAGGAGAGAGUGAGGAGGACGUAUUACUUGAUGCACACCAAUGUCACCGUUGAUUUAGUUAAACAAAAGCGGGAAAAAUGGCUCAAGUUCAACCACUUCAAAUCGACAAUAAAAGAUGCCCUGAUCAAGUUGAACGAGCUGGUGGACGAGUCAGACCCGGACACCGACCUACCGAACAUUGUGCACGCCUUUCAGACAGCGGAAAGGAUCAGACAAGACCAUCCAGAUGACGACUGGUUCCACUUAACUGGUCUCAUACAUGAUUUGGGCAAGGUGAUGGCAUUCUAUGGCGAGCCCCAAUGGUGUGUGGUAGGUGACACCUUCCCCGUGGGUUGCCAGUGGGCGGACUCCAUCGUGUAUGGACCCGAGAGUUUCAAAGACAACCCUGAUACUUAUAAUCCUAAGUACAACACGAAAUAUGGUAUAUACCAGCCGCACUGCGGUCUUGAUAAGCUGCUGAUGUCGUGGAGCCACGAUGAAUACCUGUACCAGUUUCUGCUUCACAACAAAUCUAAAAUACCAGAAAGUGGACGUUACAUGAUCAGGUACCAUUCUUUCUACCCGUGGCAUUCAGGCGGAGACUACCGCCACCUCACCAAUGAUAAAGAUGAGGAAAUUCUCAAACUAGUGUUAGAGUUUAACAAAUAUGAUCUUUACACAAAAUGUGAAAACGUACCUGACAUCGAAGCGCUCUGGCCUUAUUAUGAAGGUCUGAUUGAAAAAUACAUCCCAGGAGUUUGUGAGUGGUGAAAAUGCGAAUUAAAAUACUCUUAGACUUAAAAUACCACAUUCUUUCUCGUACAUAUUUUUUUUAUAUGAAUAAAACAGAAUGAUAAUUUUGCCCGAGUUUAUUAAUAUUCACUAGUGGGACAUCAAUGAGGGAUGAAAGAUAAGGUUGAAGUCAGUGAUUAAUACACCCAGAAUUCAUUACAAUGGUAUUCAAGUAUAUAGUAUUUCUCUUCUUCAUGAUUUAUAUAUUUAUUAUAAUGCAUUCAUGUACAUAAAUAUAGAGUAUUUAUCCUUGUUACAUAUUUAGUAUUUACCCUUGGUUACUUAGGUAUUUACUAAAAUUAUAGCAUUUUUUAUUUUACCCAAUGGGCUAUUCCGACAAACAAAAAUUUUCUUCAAAAAUAGGUAUUAAUUGAUAUUAAAAUUAUUGGGUAUUAAUAACGCUUCAAAAAUUUAUAGAAUAUUACAGGUAUGGCUGUGUUAUCUGUAAACUUUAAUCUAUGGUGAUGAUCACGCUAUAGGCGACGUUUACCACUUCCCAUCAUAAAAGUUUUACUGCGUCUUGUAACGAUUUAGUAUUAAAAAUUAUUUACAGUAUGUAAACUUAUUGUUUUUAAAGUCAUGCAUAUUGUACUUAAUAUAUGUAAAAUAAAUGCUAUUAAUUUAGUAUUUAAUUGUUUAGAUUUUAUUGUAUAAUAUUUAUAGAUAACUCAUAAACGGCACUUUAGAAAUAUUUACACAGAGUAAAUAUUGUAUAAAUAUAGUUAAGUACCUUAUUGUAUUUUUUUGUGAUAGAAAAACACUAUAGAAGAUAAGUAUUUUGUAAUUAUUCCAAACAAAAAGAGAUAUAUUGUAAUUAAGUACUUAUUAUAAAAACUAUAAUGUAUUGUAGUACAAAAAAUUGUAUAAAAACAGAAUAAACGUUUAAAAUAUUGAA